CAUUGAUUAAAAAGUAGUCGCCAUUAUUCCGAUUAUUGUGAAUGUUGGAAGUGAAAAAUAAUCAAAAUAAUAAUUAAAAUUGAACAUUUGAAAUGAACGCGGAUCCCCGUAGACCGGAAAAGGUUCAAAGGUACGUUCCUAAGACUGGAAAUGGAACUGGACAGGAAGAUUUAACCCCUGAUUAUAUGAAUAUCUUGGGUCAGCACCAGCAGACCACGGGAAACAUGACUGAAGCCGUCGACAAGCACGCCGACUCCGCUGUGAUCUUAGAACCGAACCUUCAAGUACCCCCAGCCCUUGAAGACGUUCAACAAUUGGCCGGCGAUGCCGCUCCCGCUCCCAACACUACAAACGUGAUACCCACGAGCGCUCAGUACGGCGUGGCCAUAAUCCCCAACGAACUGUCCUCGGAUACCGUCACUCCGCACACCGAAACCGUCACCGACACCACGGCCAAGGUCGACGAAAAAGAACUGCAUUCGACUCCGAGCAGAAACGAUCGAUUCAAAGUGGUGAAGAUCGCUAGUUUGGAGCCGUUCAAAAGGGGCCGAUGGAAAUGCAUGGAUUACGUGGACGAAGCGCCUCCAGUCGGCGCCGCCAGAGUACCUCUAUCCUCCGGAAGCAUACAAGUAACGGGCGGGGCUUAUAUGCAGACGCAAAGCCUUCCGCAACAACAGAUACAGCAGAUGUUGCUGCAGAGCGGCUUCACCAACGGCACACAAUUCUUUACUAACGUCCAGCCGCAAAUGAUACCGCAAGGCCAGUAUUUCUACCCGCAAAUGGCGAAUCUACAAAACCAAACGAUGCAACCAGUGCCAAACAACAUACAGGCUCAAUUUAUCGGAAACCAACCCUAUUUUUCGACCAACGUCGUUCAGAACAAUCCCAGUUUCACUAUCCCGCAAAAUUACGCCAACGUCCAAUACGUCCCGGCUAAUUUAAUCCAAAACCAAACCAGUGCUUUCGUCCCCACAUCACAACCUGUCCAAUUGCCUCCCAGUUUCCAACAAAGCCAAUCGUACGCCGGUCAACCGAACGUGUCUCAAACGAACGUCCAACCGGUGAUCAACGGUCACACUUUCACGCCCCAAAACGAACAAGUCACCGGCAGUUUACCCACCCAAACCGUAAAGAACGUUAUAUUAAAUUCCAACCAACCGGUGUCCAGCCAAACGCAAGUCUUGCAACAAAACGUGCAGCUGCAAAACAAUCAGAACAAUGUGAUGAUGCAACAGCAGUACCAGCAACAAUACCAGCAAGCGCAACAACAACAACAACAGCAGCAACAACAACAACAGCAGCAGCAACAGGCGCAAUCGCAACCGGUGCAGGUGCAACCGGUUGUGUCCAGUACGCAGGUGGCGCCUGCGCAAUCGCAGACUUUCGAUCAGAAUCUCGCCAAUAACGUCUAUACGAAUCCGCAAUUCGCGAUGAGCGUUAACAGUCUAACGGUGCUGGAUAACAGCGAGAACAUGGCCGAUUUGACGGACACCAAUAGCGGGAAUCCCCCUAGCGAGAACGUCGACGAUCCCUCCAAGACGAAUCCGGUGGUGAACGCGAUCGACAACAAAAUCGAACAAGCCAUGGAUCUGGUUAAGAGCCAUCUGAUGUACACGGUGCGCGAGGAAGUCGAAGUGCUCAAAGAGAAAAUAGCCGAAUUGAUGGAGAGGAUACAGCAAUUGGAGACUGAAAACAAUUUUCUGCGCUCGCAGAUACCUAAAAACAAUCAGAACAUGCCGGCGAAUAACAAUAAUAAUAGUAAUAACGCGACCGCGUCCCAAUUGCCGAACGCUAGUCCUAAUAAUUUUAUUCCUAAUGCGGCGAAUGCGAACGCUCCCACGCAAGCGCCGGUCGUCCCGCAAGCACAAGCGCCGCAGGCGGCGCUAACGACGACGACGGCGCAAGGCGAGACCGCCGGCUCGCAGCAGUAGUCGUAGUUAAAGUAUGUGUGUGCGUGUGUGAAACGAAUCAUCGAUCGUCUCGCGAUAUUAUUAUCAUUAUUAUUAUUGGUCAUAUCAUUUUUCCUAAUGAUCCGAUAUUGUUUGUUUAAUUAAAUGAUUCUCUCGCGGUAAGUUAUAUAUAAUAAUAUAUAUGUACGUUUGUGUAGGGAUGUGUAUAAUUGAAAGAAAUAUGUCGACUAACUAAAAGAAUUAAUAAAAAAAAUUAUAAAUAAAAAGUCUGAGGUAAGUUGCUACAGUUUGUGAUUAUGGUGGAUGCCUGAAAAGCGCCAGCUAGUUUUUUUCGUCCAUCAGAUUAAGAAAAAAUCAGUUCUUGUGGUGCAAUAAAAGACAUGAAAAUGACAUAAUCAUUUUUUAACAUUAAUCAAAGGAAAAUGGUUGUAAAAAAUGGGAAAUAUGGCUGCUAAUCACUCAAUAGAUUGUUCAAUGAACAAGUUCGAACAUUUAAACUAUCAGGAGCCCAAUUCUUGAAAUUAUAAGAAUUAUUUUUUCAGACAAUUUAUUCUCAAAAAAAAGUGUAUUUUGAGAACCAUCAGUUCGAUUCUUCAAUAAGUAAGAAUUGCAAAAAGUUACGUUUGUCACAGCUAAAUUGACGAUAAUUUUCAAUUUCCUCUACCAAAUGAUAUUAGGAAAUAAUUUUGAAAGAAUAUUUUCAUAUGAAAUGUUUCAAGAAUACUCAUGCUACAAAAUCAAGAGAAAAUGAUGACGUAAGUUUUUU